UACAAGAUUUUUUAAAAACAACACUCACCUCUGCUCAGAGAGACCACACAGAGUCCCCCAUCUCUCUCUCUCUCUUUAACACUCCCCUACAAGUAGACUUUAAGGCAACUUUUGUCUCAGUGUUGAGUAAUGUAAAAUACCCAUCUGGUCAUUUACUUAACAUACUCUCUCUCUCUCUUCUCUCUCAUUCUCUAUUUAGAUUACUUAAAGAAGAGAGAUCCAAACAUCAUCAUCAAUCAAACCCAUUCAUCACUACUUCACUAGUACUACAAUGGACUACGAAUACGGAGGAGGAGAGUACUGCAGGAGAGGGCACGUGCCGGCUUUUGGAAGCUGGGACUGGAACGAUGCCGUGCCUUUCACUCAGUGCUUCGAGACUGCGACAACUCAACAGCCAGCUUUUCUUCACUACGCUCCUUACCCUCAUCAAGAUCGUGAUCUUUACCUCGCUGGUGACCUCUACGACAACCACCACCUUGUAGCUGCUCCCGCUGUUAUCCUCCUCCCUCGCCGCCGGGCUAAGGUGGGUCAAGAACCGGGGGCGGAGAAGAAAAGAAAUGUCUCCAAGGAGCAACACAACUACGAGAGGGAUGCGCGUGAGUUAAACGCGCCGACUAGCUGUCCAACACCGGCGGUGAAGCGGAGGAUGAAGGCACCUAAGCCUGUAGAUGAAGACUUGUACAAAGUCUCCCCACAACCUCUCCCAGUCAAAACCAAAAGGAAAAGAGGAGGAGGUGGGUUUGGGUGCAUUUCAAGGUGUUUUUUGCCAACACGGGUGCUUUGAAGGAGGAACAAGCGUGAGAGACUUCGAGUCAGAAACAACACUUUAUUAUUAUAUAUUAUCAAAAAGACUAUGCUUUGUGAAACUAUUAUGUAUGUAUUUAUUUAUGCGUAGGCAAAAAAAGAAGAAGAAGAAGAAUCCUAAAAGAUAGUAGAAAAAUGUAGCUUUUGAGCCAUAUCGUAUUAAUUGGAUUAUAAAAAUAUGAGACAUGGUUUUGCAUA